GGUCCGCCGCCGCCAUUGUACAGCGCUGCUCCCAGCGGAAGGUUCCGGCUGUGGCCAGUACCUCGGGGUCUCCGCGUCGCCCGGCAGGUCCGGGGCUCCGGUCCGUGCCGGUGCAGGCGCCGGCAUGUGGCUGUGGGAGGACCAGGGCGGCCUCCUGGGCCCCUUCUCCUUCGUGCUGGUGCUGCUGCUGGUGUUGACGCGCAGCCCCUUCAACGCCUGCGUGCUCACCGGCAGCCUCUACAUCUUGCUGCGGCUCGUCAGCUUCGAGCCGGUGCCGUCCCGCCGGGCCCUGCAGGUGCUCAAGCCCCGUGGCCGCGUGUCCGUCAUCGCCCACCGCGGCGGCAGCCAUGACGCGCCCGAGAACACGCUGGCGGCCAUCCGACAGGCAGCUAAGAAUGGAGCAACAGGUGUGGAGCUAGACAUCGAGUUUACUUCUGACGGAGUUCCUGUCUUGAUGCACGAUAACACGGUAGAUAGGACAACAGACGGGUCUGGCCGACUCUGUGAUCUGACGUUUGAACAAGUUAGAAAACUUAACCCUGCAGCAAAUCAUAGACUCAGAAAUGAGUUCCCUGAUGAAAAGAUCCCUACCCUGAAGGAAGCCGUUACAGAGUGCCUCAACCACAACCUUACAAUCUUCUUUGAUGUCAAAGGCCAUGCAGAUAUGGCUGAGGAUGCUGGACAGGGACCUGCACUGCCUUUAAAAGGAACUGCUGUACUCGGAGCUUCUGGCAGCUCACGGGACAGGCAUGUCCCUCAGGCUUCUGCUGCUCUAAAGAAUAUCUACAUGGAAUUUCCACAGCUGUACAAUAACAGUAUGGUCUGCUCAUUCUUGCCAGAAGUCAUCUAUAAGAUGAGACAAAUGGAUCAGAAAGUAAUAACAGCCCUAACUCACAGGCCUUGGAGCCUGAGCCAUACUGGAGAUGGGAAGCCUCGCUACAGUGCCUUUUGGAAGCAGUCCAUAUUUGUGGUGUUGGACAUCUUGCUUGACUGGAGCAUGCACAAUGUCUUGUGGUACCUUUGUGGAAUUUCAGCCUUCCUCAUGCAGAAGGAUUUUGUCUCCCCGGACUAUUUGAAGAAGUGGUCAGCUAAAGGAAUCCAGGUUGUUAGUUGGACGGUCAACACCUUUGAUGAAAAGAAGUACUACGAGUCCCAUCUUGGGUCCAGCUACAUCACUGACAGCAUGCUAGAAGACUGUACACCUCACUUUUAGAUUCCCUGGGAGGAAAUACCAUAGCAAACUGCCUGGAGGCCUCUCGCAGAGACAUCAGAAUAUUCUUUUAGCACAAGCCCUGGGGCUCCUGUGGCUCACACUAGCAAUAGUUGUAUUUUCACCCACAAGCUGAAACUAGGUGUGGCCACCAUGCUCCCGGGAAGGCUCGACACUGUUGCACUUGAAUCUGGAUCUGCGCAAAGGCAGGAUGGUCCUGCCCCAAACCCGCUGAGGGUACAGAGCCAUGAGGAUGAGGAUGAGCAGAGUGGGUCCUGCAGUUAGGACACAGGCAUCAAUGCAUGGGGCUUGCACGAUCACUCCGAGUUGACAUUUUAAAUCUUGCCAUACUUCAGUAAUUCAUUUAUUUCCAAUAUUGUCGUCAGCUCUGUUAACGGCGACCUGUAGGUGUCAAACUUGUGACCAUACUAAUAAAAUCAUUGAAAGGUGA